CUCCAUUUCUCCCCUGUAUCUCACCUGUAUCUCACCUGUCCCAGGUACGCGGCGUACCGCACGCCGCAGCUGCCGCAGUUCCGCACUCAGUACGUGCGGCGGCGCUCGCAGCUGCUGCGGGAGCGCGCCCAGGGCGGGCACCUGGCAGGUGACGCUCGCCGCUGGUACCUGCGGCUGCGGGCGCGGCUCCUGGCCCAGCGCUACGGGGCCCUGUCAGAGCCGGGCAGCUGCCGCAGCAACCUGAGGGCCAGCAGGACCACGCUGGACCGCAUGGAGGAUUUCGAGGAGGACCCGCGGGGGUCCCGGGGCCACCGGCGCUCCCUGAGCCGCAGCUCCGUCCGGAAGGUGCAGUUUGCGCACGACGAGCGCCACCUGCUGGCGUGCUGCUCUCUGGACGGGACGCUCUCCGUUUGCCGCCUGGCGCCGGGGCCCCCGGCCGUGCUGCGGCGGCUCCGCGGCCACGGCGCCGGCGUCUCCGACUUCGCCUGGUCCCUGUCCAACGACGUGCUCGUGUCCGCCUCGCUGGACGCCACCCUGCGCCUCUGGGACCCCUCGGACGGGCGCUGCAUCCGCAGGGUGCCCGACCCCGACGGCGCCGAGCUGCUGUGCUGUGCCUUCCAGCCGCUCAAUAACAACCUGACUGUGGUGGGCAGUGCCCGGCACAUGGUUCGGGUCGUCAACAUCUCCACGGGGAAGGCGGCGCGGGGCGGCACCGGGCGCCUCCCCGGGCGAGUCCUCGCCCUCUGCUUCGAUGCCCCCGGGCGAGUUCUUUGGGCUGGCGACGAUCGGGGCUCGGUGUCCUCGUUCCUGUGCGACCCCGGGACUGGCCGGCUGACCAAGGCCUCCCGGGUGCUGGUCCAGGCCGGGGGCUCCAUCACUUCUCUCUCUGCCCGGGCCUGGGCGAGCCGGGAGGCUCCGGACCCGUCCCUGCUGGUGAACGCGUGCCCCGACAGACUGCUGCUCUUCCGGGUGGUGGAGGACGAGGGCGGCUCGGGGGCCCCGGGGCUGCGGCUCCGGCGCAGUUUCCCCACGCGGCACCGGGAGCAGCCCCUGAGGAGCUGCUUCUGUCCCCUGAUGUCCUUCCGGCAGGGAGCCUGCGUGGUGACGGGCAGCGAGGACGCCUCCGUGCAUUUUUUCGACGUCGGCCGCGCCGCCCGGGCCACCGUGAACACCCUGCAGGGCCACGGGGCCGCCGUGCUCGCCGUGGCUUUCAACUGCGACGAGUCCCUGCUGGCCUCGGGCGACGCCGGCGGCACCGUCAUCGUCUGGCGCCGGCAGCACGCCUGAGGCGCCCCAAAUACC